AUGGAGGAAAGUCCAAUUUAUAUCACUAAUUUUCAUAUCACUGAAGAUUCAAAACCAAUACAAAUCAUUAAUAAAGAUUCUAAUGGUAUUUGUUAUUUCAUUAUUCCAUCAAAAUCAAAGAAUCAAAUAUACCAAAUAAAUAAUUCAGAUACUCAACCAUUUGAACAAAUAAAAAUUCCUCAAACUCAAGUUAAAGAUAAUAAAGAAAACAAAUCAUUAUUUGAACGAAUUUUUAAUAAUUCAAUACCUAAACAUGAAAACAAUGAAAUGGUUAUUCAUCAUUUUGUUAGGUUUCAAACAUCAAAACAAAAUAUUGUAGCAUAUUGUUAUGAUGAAAAAAUAUUAUUUAUUAAUACUUCACAACAAAUUAGUAAAGUUCAUUUAUUAGAUAAAUUAAAACAAUUAGCAAUUGUUGGAAAACAUAUUAUUUGUUUGUAUCAUGGAUCAGUUCAAAUGUUAGAUUUCAAUGGAUCAACAAUUUCUUGUGAAAGAUUUUCAAAACCAACAUUUUCAGGUAUUUUUAAAUAUUUAGUUUUUAAUACAUAUCUUUCUAUUGGAGGUAAAUUUACAUUAACAAUUCUUUCUCUCAGUGAUUAUAUUCGUCCAUUUCGUAGUAUUGUAAUAGAAAAUCCUAAUAUAUCUAAAGUAAAAAGUACAACAGUACCUAUAUUUCAAAUUAUUGAAAUUUAUGGUGCUAUUGUUUGUUUUAUUUAUUUUCCAUUUAGCCAAAUUGCAUCUUUUCUUAUUAUUGAUAAUACUAAAAGAAUUAAUAAAAGAGGAUUAGAUCAUAUUGAUGUAGAAGUACAAGCAUCAAUAAAUUAUACAGUUUUUGUUAUAGAUAAUUUAAUAUUAUUAACAAAUGGAAAACAAAUGUCAUUAUAUGAUUUUCAUAAUAAAGAAUAUUGUAUUUUACAAAAUGUUAAAUGUUCAUUUGAAAUAAAAGAUUCUAUUGAAAAUAAUAUUUAUAAUCAACGUUUUAUUAUUGAUCAAAAUAAUGGAUGUAUUAAAAAAUUUAAUUUAGAAUAUUGUUUAUAUUAUAAAAUUAUUGAACAAAAAAUGAGUAUAAAUCAUAAUAAACAAACAAUUAAAUCAAUUAGAAAUCUUCUAAGAAGAAAUGGAGCAGGAUCAAUAGCAAUUGAUGUAUUAAGUCAAAUGAUUGAUUUACGUUAUGAUCUUUCUUUUAUGUCAAAGGUUUUAGUAACUAUCCUUAGAAUGAAUAAAAAGAAAGAACAAUGUGCUAUUGAUUUAGAUAAACUUAAAUAUCAAAUUUUAUUAAAUCUUCCUAUUGAUGGAGAAUAUGAAAUAAUUCAAUAUUCUAUUGAUUUAAUGUUAGAAUAUAUUCAAGUAUGGUUUGCUUCAAAUGAAUAUCCAGAAAUUGCAGUUUUAUUAAGAUUAAUAGAAGCAUUAGAUAAAAUUAAACAAUAUUCUAUUCUUCUUAAUCUUAUUACAUUUGGAGUCUUUCCAGAUAAUGAAAUUAUUGCAACUCAAAUUAUUUUUUUAAAAAAUAAAUAUAAUGGUAUGUUUCAAUUAGGACUUGAUAUGUUAAAAAGACUAGAAAAACAUCAAACAAUUUGUUAUUGUUUAAAUUAUUUUGGAAUGCAAGAAGAAGCUAGAAGAUAUGCUUUUCAACAUAAAGUAAAUUGGUCUUUAAUAAUAGGUUCUUCAAAUAAUUUUGAUAAUAUAUUAUUUGAUUAUCAAUUACAUCAAUUAGAUCAUCCAGAUAUUUAUUUUGUUCCAACAACACCAAUGUUAUCAAGAUCUCAAACUUCAUUAUUAUUAUCUUCUCCAAAAAUGUAA